GUCGGUUUUUGUUGACGAUGGCUACCAUAUUCCCUUCGGACGGUUCAAUCCGUUCAGUGGACAAACCUUACUUCUACCGCGAGGCAUACCUGCCUGCGCCCACCGUACAGAGCCAUGCAUCUAAUCUACUCCGAAUGCCAAACGGCGACCUGCUAUGUGCCUGGUUUGGCGGGAGUCUAGAAGGAAAACCCGACAUCAGCAUCUAUCUUUCUCGGCUGAGAUGCGGGGAGAGUGAGUGGACGGAAGCGUCGAAGAUGACCCACGACCACUCCCGGAGCGAGCAGAAUCCCGUUCUCUUCCAUGCACCUACCGGAGAGCUGUGGCUUCUUUACACCUCCCAACAUGCUGGAGACCAGGACACAGCCAUUGUCAAGUAUCGGGUGUCUCCCGAUAGCGGCACCACAUGGGGCGAUGAGAAGGUCUUGUUUCACGAUACCGGCACCUUCAUCCGACAGCCAGUGGUUGUCCUUGAUGAUGGAGCUUGGGUAGUUCCAGUUUUCAAGUGUCGUGUGCAGCCGGGAGAGCGCUGGCUGGGAAAUGAUGACAUUUCCUGCAUCCGCGUGUCGAGGGAUCAGGGCCGUUCCUGGACCGAAUCGGAGAUUCCCGAAAGCACGGGGUGUGUACAUAUGGAGAUCCAGAGACUGAAGGACGGAACGUAUCUGGGCAUGUUCCGCAGUCGCUGGGCCGACAACGUCUACCUGGCGACAUCGCCAGAUGGAUUAGUUUGGAGUACCCCACAGCCGACCUCCCUCCCAAACCCGAAUGCGGGCAUUUGUUUUGAUGUGCUGCCUUCCGGUAGGGUAGUGUUAGUUUACAACCAUUCUUCUAAACGUGAUGCUCUAGGAAGAAGACAGGGCCUGUAUGACGAUAUUGCUGAUGGGGUGGACGAAAGACAAAAUCAGGCAGCAGCGAAGGACGGCAGGGAGUCGUUUUGGGGGUCACCAAGAGCUCCCUUGUGCGUUGCUUGGAGCGAUGAUAAGGGAAACACAUGGAAGCAUCGCAUACUAGAGGAAGGGGAUGGGUAUUGUUUGACGAACAACAGCGAGAGAAAGCUCAAUCGAGAGCUGUCGUAUCCCAGCAUGAUCUGUGCUGAUGGGACGAUCCACAUUGCGUAUACAUUUUGGCGACAGCGGAUCAAGUACGUGCAGCUCAAGGAAGACUUUUUUGAGGGAGGGUUGGCUGCAUGGUUAUCAGCAUCUAUGAGACGGAUGUUGACAAGACUGGGAUACAUAGAGUAGAUGACACAGCCUCGGGGGGCGUAUCCUUGCCUGGAACUCUCUAAUAACAGAUUUGC